UCAAAGACCUAUCCUAAGCUUCCCUGCGAGCUUUCAGUUUGAGAUGACGCAUGGCUCACCUCCCCCUCCGUCCCAUCACUCUCCUGCGCGGCGGACGGAAGGUCAGACCGCUUGUGGUCGAUUAAUGUGCGAGACACAAAUAAUUCAUCAGCCCUACGUUGUCGCAAUUAAGAGCCUGCUAUUCAUCUUCGCCGCCCUUCAUUGAGCAUAGCGAUCGGCUCGUGUCAAACUCUCCCUGCAGUCUGAAUCUUCGCGCUUGUGAAAUGAGAUCCGCUGCAGAAUCAUCUUACGUAUCCUUUCUCAUUUGACCUUUGCCCCCUGUGUUGAUCGAGAGGCGGUUGGAGAAGGAGGAUGAUGCAGAUGAGGAUGCUGCGGGGUGAGGAGGAUGUACGGUGGUGGUUUAGCAGAGCGACGGUGGAAGAAGCAUGAUCGUCCGGCUGUGUGUGGCGUCGAUGUUAGCCACGGUGCUGGCGGCCGGGCUGCUGCUGGCCAUCCUGCUGAUCGGAGGGAUGCUGGCGGCCUCGCAGCAGCGCGCCGUGACGGUGGAGGUACACACGGACGCACCGGUGGCUGACACCGACAGUCGCUUCCUCUCACUAGCGCUGCCCAUCCAGUUCGUUCGUACCGGUAAACAUCAGCUGCUCAGAUCCGAACGGUUCCAGACCCUUGCAGCUGGUCUCGCCCCUGCCUUUCUCCGUCUUGGUGGCACAGCAGAGGAUUUUCUCAUCUUUGAGCCAACUGAGGAAGAUAUCACCAAACUUGCCAGUGGUCCAGAGUUAGACAUUUGUGCACUCAGUAAGAAUGACAGCACGAAGUGGGAAGGCCUGGGAUUUGAAGCAAAUGAGACGGAGAAGAAAGUUUUCAAGAAUUUUACAAUGUCAGAAGUGGAGUGGGACCACCUGAACUCCUUUACGAGGUGUGUUGGAUACGAUUUCAUCUUUGGUCUGAAUGUGCUGCUGCGGAAUGGGUCACUAUGGGACCCAUCAAACGCCCAGCUUCUGCUGAACUACACAGCUGCCAAGGGCUUCAAGGUCAACUGGGAGCUGGGAAACGAGCCCAACCAUCUGCAAAAGAUCUCUAACCGGACAGUGAAUGCCACCACCCUUGGCCUGGACUUCCGCCAGCUCAGGAGUCUUCUGUCCUCCAGCCCAGCCUUCAAGAACAGCAUCCUGGCAGGGCCAGACACAACCAGGCCUAAGAACAAAACACUUCGCUUCUUGCAAAGAUUUCUGCAGAUAGCUGCUGGUGUCCUGGAUGCUGUCACUUGGCAUCAGUACUACAUUGAUGGCAGCACAGCUGUCCUCGACAACUUCACCGACCCAACCCUGCUGGACAUGCUCCAUGGACAGAUCACAGCCAUCAACAGAGUUGUCAACAUGACGGCGCCUGGUCUGCCUGUGUGGCUGGGGGAGACUAGCUCGGCGUGGGGAGGGGGGGCACCAGAACUGUCCGACAGUUUUGUGGCUGGUUUCAUGUGGCUGGAUAAGUUGGGUCUGGCAGCCCAACUCUCACUGGAUGUGGUCAUGAGACAGAGUCUGUUUGAAGCAAACUACGCCCUGAUUAGCAAGGACCUGGACCCACUGCCUGAUUACUGGUUAUCACUGCUGUACAAACAGCUGGUUGGCAGCAGGGUGCUCAAAGUCAAGGUCACAGAUGGGUCAGAGGUCAAGGUCUCAAAUAGCUCAGAACAGCAGAGGACAACAGGGGAGAUGGACAGAAAAUCUGCCAGAAUCCGGGUCUAUGCACACUGCACCAACCCCAACAGUCCACAGCAGUACCAGAAUGGGUCUGUGACACUGUACGUACUAAACCUUCAUCAGGACCACCGUGCUGCUGUCAGACUGGGGGGAAACCUGGCCUUCAAGAAGGUUCACAAGUAUCUACUGACCCCCCAUGGAAUGGAGGGGCUGACAUCAAGGCAUGUGGAGCUGAAUGGCAGGAAGCUGGAUAUGGUGGAUGACCGCACCCUCCCAGAGCUGGGGCCACAGAAGCUGCCAUCUAACACCACACUGCUCAUGCCGCCUCUCACGUUUGGCUUUUUUGUUAUACCAGACGCACAGGCAGCAGCUUGCAUGUAGGCCAAAGGUCAUAUCUAGCAACUUGCAAGGCCAAAGGUCAUAUCUAGCAACUUCAAGGCCAAAGGUCAUUUCUAGCAACUUGCAAGGCCAAAGGUCAUUUCUAGCAACUUGCAAGGCCAAAGGCCAUGUCUAGUAGCUUGCAAGGCCAAAGGUCAUGUUCAGAUGUGUAAGGCCAAAUGUCAUCUUUAGAUAUGUGUAAGGCCGAAGGCCAUGGUCAGUAGCCUGUAGGGUCAUCAAUAGUGUGAUAUUCAAGGUUAAUGGAAUUCCAAGGCAUAAACUUAUGGUGGAUAUUAGUUGAUUUAAUAUUUGAUAACUGGCACUGUAUGAAAAACACAUUCCCUCAUAAAAGAAAGCUAUGCAAGUUGAAUGGGGAGUUGAAACAAUGAGGCUUAUGCUUCAACUGUUACAACAAUCAUGGUCUCCACAACAGAGUGUGUGGAAUCUCUAUACAUGUAUAAGAUACUACCUUGUAUUUUUGUUACUACAAUUGUCUAAUGGAGCUGAACUUUCUGAAGAUUGUUAUUUUUCUUUCUCUUUGGGCCUUCUGAAGGGUAAUGUAAAUGGUAGCUACAGGAUAUGUAACUACCCCUAUGGUUGAUGGUAGCUAAAGGACAUGUAACUACCCCCAUGAUUGACUAUAUAUAUAAUAUUACAGGGCUUGUACCAAGCAUUGUGUUAAGCAGUAUAUUUGCUAGUGUUGUGCCAAUCCGUGUGAUUGGCCGAGUAUAUUCAAGGGUUGUAUACAGCAGUCAUUGGCUGUAUAUUUACAAGAGUUUCACUUGAAAUAGUGUUUGCUGUGUAUUUGGAAUAUUGUCUGUGUGUUGGUCUACUGUGACAUUCCAAUAGCAAUAAAAGGGCAUUAAGUAUAAUUCUGACAGUUCCUAUAUACUUACCAUCCGGGAAUAUUAUAACAUAAGUGUGCCAUAGCAAGAUUUCAAAUCUGAUCACAGUGCAGAAUGUCCUUGUUGUAAGAUAAUGUGUACAUGUAUUGCUAACGCUUACAUGCACAUAGUAUGUUGAGGUGGUGCAAGUUCUAAAUGUUUAAUAGAAUGAUUGGAGUGCUUUUUGUCAUUUUUGUGAUAAGAAAAUACUUUUUUUUUGUCAAAGAAGCAAAUAUCUCUGAGAUGGUCAGCUUGUAGCUUAGAUAUGCAAGGAUAAUGUGCUUCAGAUAAAGAACCUAUAAACAGUUACGGGUACCCAGUGUUGUGUGAAUACUGUUCCAUGGGAUGUAUUUAGAUGGGAUGUAUUUUUGCUUGUGAACUUAAAUCAUGGGAUGCAAUGUUGUUUAUGAAUACAGUUCAAUGCAGUAUUGUGAUAAUAAUGUGCACAUUUCCACUGGAUGUGAAAACAAUUCCAAGGGAUGCAAUGUUGUAUGUGAAGCAGUCCCAUCUAAUGCAGUGGUGUAUUUGAACCAUCUGCAUGGAAUGGAUGUGUAUUCAAAACAUGUAUUUUGCAAAAUCACUCAAGAAAAAAAAAACUUGAAAAUUUUGAAAUAUCCACUGUGUGCAAAUGCAACAGUUACUAAGGCCACAGCAAGUAAUUUUAUGGAUGACAUCCUACGCAUAGCUAAAAAAUAAUGAGAUAGCGUGAAAAAAAAAA